GCGAGAGUGGUCGCAGCAUCUACUGAAUCUGGUUACGUUCUGAGAGGGCACAGAGCAUACGUUUUGUGCUUCGUCCUUCACAACAAUCACACACUGAGCUCGGUCGUUGCCAAAGCUCUUGCACAUCAGGAGAAGGAUUAUACAUUCACAAUGGCUGCUCCACCUGUCGAACUUUUCGCCUUGCGCCUGGAGCCAGGCGAGCCGCUCCACCUGGACCCAGACCGCGACUUUGUCAUCACGAACAUCUGCUUUGCCGACGAUGAGGGCGCAGAGGACCUGCCGGAGGGACAGACGACCAUUGUGAAAGUACACCAUAUCCCUGUGCAGGCGCCAUUCGGACUCGACGACAUUGACGAAGACGACAGCGAUUUUGACGACGAGGAGGACGAUGACGAGGAGGGAGAGAGCGACGAAAGCGGCACCGCCGAGGAGAAGCAGGAGAAGAAGGAAGCGCAAGAAAUUGCUGUUAAUGGCAGCAUCAAGGAAGCCGACAAGGCUCCAGCCGAUGGAGAGAGUGAUGAUGACGAUGAUGAUGAUGACCUGCUUGAUCUCGACGAGAUCGAGGAGAAGGUCUUCUCCCUUGCUCGGCUGACGACUGGUCGGGUCGAGCAAGUCACUACAUCGCUUCAAAUCUGCUCAGAGGAGCUCAUCAGCUUCAGCUUGGCAGGCAAGAACCCGCGCCCGGUCGACUUGCUCGGCUCGUAUCUCGCUCCGCCCGAGUCGUACAACACCGAGCCCGACUCGGACGAGGAACUGCUAGAUGACUACUCGGACGAGGAUGAGGAGCUGGACAGCGACGAGGAAGACGAAGACGAGGAAGACGAAGACGAGGAAGACGAUGAGGACGACUCGGAUCCCGAGGUGGAAGAGUUUAGCAGCGACGAGGACGCAGACGGCGUCAUCGACCACGACGAGCUGGCUGCGCUGCUGAUGGGCGGCGGUGAUGAUGACGACAGCGACUCGGCAGAAGAAGCGCCAGAACGCUUCCAGGAAAUCAAGGAGAAGCCCUCAUCUGCGGCCUCUAGCAAGGGUAAGAAGCGCGCCCGCACAACGGAGGAUGACUCGGUCGACGCCGAGAUGGCGGACGCGUCGGUUGACGUGCCUGUCUCGAACGAGGAGCUCAAAGCCGCUGCCGCCGCCGAAGGGAUCGACCUGGCGAACCUGAGCAAGAACCAGCGGAAGCGCCUCAACAAGAAGCUCAAGGCACAGGGAGGCGCUGCCGUUGCCCCACCUCCUGCAGCAGCAGCAGCAGCUGCUGAUGCUGUUACUGCAGCAAAGAAGCCUGCGAAAACGGAGGCGAAGCAGGUCAAGAUCGCCCCUACCGCUACGGACAACAAGGGUAAUGUGCACAAGGUCGCCGCAGAGGCGCAGCAGGGCGGCAAGAAGACGACGCUAGCGAACGGUCUGGUUAUCGAGGACAAAAAGACUGGUGCGGGUCCGCAGGCGAAGCCGGGCAUGAAGGUCGGCAUGCGGUACAUUGGCAAGUUUAAGGAUGGCAAGAUCUUCGACAGCAACACCAAGGGCGCGCCGUUCAGCUUCCGCCUGGGCAAGGGCGAGGUGAUCAAGGGCUGGGACGAAGGCGUCAAGGGCAUGCAAGUCGGCUCGGAGCGCCGCCUGACUGUGCCGCCUUCGCUGGGAUACGGCAGCAAGAAGACGGGCCCGAUCCCGGCCAACUCGACACUGAUCUUUGACAUCAAGUGCGUUAACCUCAAGUGAGCGGGGGGUAGUCAUGCUCCAAAAGAAAAGAUGGAGAGUUUCCAUUUCUUGUGUUCUUAGAUAGACAGCCCUCUUUUGGCAUGCGGUGCCGCAUCCUGUACCUGCUAUGCUGUGCUAUGCUAUUCACUCCACUUUGCUCUCAU